GGUAUCACGUAAUCCCUCGGACCCCCCUCCCCCUCCUUAAAUCCCCUCUACCCGGCUAAACCCAACUAGCUAAACCCAACUCUCUCUGUUAUCCCGGUGGAAGCCCGCGCCCUCCCAGCCGUUAGCUGCCUCGCUCGGUCUGCUUGUUGUUGUCUCACGGGGCUUGAGUGUGACGUUGUGACGGUAUCAUGGUUUGCAGGGCUCCGCCGCAGUAGCAGCAUAAGAAGAGGAAGAAGCAGGACAGUAGCCGUGUGUACCAAGCAGCCAGUCCGGACUCUCUUCCAUCUCCUAUCUAUCGCAGCCAGAACAAGCAGAGCAUCCCGUCUCUCGCGUCCCCCAUCGCUACGCUCGGUGAUCAUCAGCUCGCGGAGCUCUCCGUUUGAUAAAGGGUUGUGACCAGGGACCUGGUAGGUGUUGUUGCCGCUGUAGUCCAUCGCUGAGGUUGUCUCAGAGACCAAGUGUGUUUCGCCACGGUGUUGCGUCGUUGCCAUGGGGAAACAGAACAGCAAGCUGAGGCCGGAGAUGCUUCAGGACCUGAGAGAGAACACCGAGUUCUCCGACCACGAACUACAGGAGUGGUACAAGGGCUUUCUGAAGGACUGUCCCAGCGGCAACCUGAACGUGGAGGAGUUCAAGAAGAUCUACGCCAACUUCUUCCCGUACGGAGAUGCCUCCAAGUUCGCCGAGCACGUCUUCCGAACGUUCGACACCAACAACGACGGCACCAUCGACUUCCGGGAGUUCAUCAUCGCGCUGAGUGUCACGUCACGGGGAAAGCUGGAGCAGAAACUGAAGUGGGCCUUCAGCAUGUAUGACUUGGAUGGGAAUGGGUACAUCAGCCGUGAUGAGAUGUUGGAGAUCGUACAGGCCAUUUAUAAGAUGGUGUCAUCUGUGAUGAAGAUGCCGGAGGAUGAGGCCACGCCGGAGAAGAGAACAGACAAGAUCUUCAGACAGAUGGACCUCAAUAAUGAUGGUAAACUGUCACUGGAAGAGUUCAUUAAAGGUGCCAAAAGUGAUCCCUCUAUCGUGCGGCUACUCCAGUGUGACCCCAGCUCCGCCUCCCAGUUCUAACCCCGCCCGCCCACCUGGCCUGCCACGCCCACCGUGAUUGCUAUGGAAAUAGUAACUCCAAUUAGUUUAUGAUGGUUCUCAUCACUCAUAUAUUUUUGGUGUACAAGAUGGAGGAAGAGUUUUAAAAGGAGAUAAAGCAAAAAUCAUGAUCAUUUUACUUUACUUUUUAUUUUUUAAGGAAAUAAGGGACAUGCAUACAUUAUUAUUCAGAAGAUGAUACGACAACUGAGAAUACAAAAAACAAGCCGUUGUCCAAUGUGUUUUACUGUCUCUCUGGAUCCGGAAGGAUGGAAUUCUGGAAGAAUGGGAUGGAAUUCUGGAAGAAUGGGAUGGAAUUCUGGAAGAAUGGGAUGGAAUUCUGGAAGAAUGGAAUGGAAUUCCGGAAGAAUGGGAUGGAAUUCUGGAAGAAUGGGAUGGAAUCCCGGAAGAAUGGGAUGGAAUUCCGGAAGAAUGGGAUGGAAUUCUGGAAGAAUGGGAUGGAAUUCCGCUGAGCUCCGCUGCCUCACAACGUCAGAAAGUCCGUCUGCCAUUUUUACAAAGUCUGUUUAUUUUGGGGAAGAUAACGAAGGGAACAUUCCAUCCUGAGAACCAUGCAUGGGCCAUCUGUGUUCUAAUCAUUCUGUUCAAAAGAUUCCGUUCCCCUCCAAUUAAGGCACAGCUCCUCCAAUCCUCUUCCACUUUUAUAUCCAUAUUUAUGUGUACAUACAUGUGUAUAUGACAUUAUACGAAAUGAAUAGGCAAGUAUAUCUAUCUGUCUUCAUAACUCCUGCUGCAUUCAGAAGGCAGUAUCAUGUAGAUGUAUUGUUUGCUCUGAUCCAAUAUGGGAAUUGCCUAAUCGUUUGAACAUGGGACCGGGACAGGGAAAGAAGUUGUGAUGUUUCUGAUAUAUGAUCUUUCACUGCGGUAAAGAAAGCUAUUGGGUUUUUAUUACUGAUGUUAUAAAUGUAUUGUUAUUAUUGAUUAAUUUAAAUGUUUUAUUGUUAUAAUUUUUUAUUUGUACAUAAUAUUGUUUUCCUCGUGUUGUUUACUUGUAUUUAUUUAUUUUCAUUGUUGUGGUUUUUAAUUUGAUUUGACAUUGAAGAUGAUUAUAACACAGUACUGGAGAGGAAUCCAUUGAAAGAACGAAAAAGAAAGAAAUGAGGACUGUUCCUUGUCAUAUGGACAUUGACUUGUCUUUGGGAACCGUCCGUCUCUGUCCAAGAUGGAAUGUGGAGAUUCCAAAGUCCGGCAUUGGAAGGGAAAAAUUUGAAUAUUCUAGAAUAUUUAUAUCAGGUGAUUCCAUAAUGCAUUUGAUCAAUGAAACCAGUAGCAACACAUCGUAUAAUUUGAGCCUCCACGAGUGUAUGCAUGUAUGUGUGUGUGUGUGUGUGUGUGUGUGUGUGUGUGUGUGUGUGUGUGUGUGUGUGUGUGUGUGUAUGUCUGAGUGUGUGUAUGUUUUGUUGUGUGCAUGUGUCUACAGUGUGCAUGUGUACAGUUUGUGUGCAUGUCUGAGUGUGUGUAUGUUUUGUUGUGUGCAUGUGUCUACAGUGUGCAUGUGUACAGUUUGUGUGCAUGUCUGAGUGUGUGUAUGUUUUGUUGUGUGCAUGUGUCUACAGUGUGCAUGUGUACAGUUUGUGUGCAUGUCCAGACUUUAAACUUUAACAGUAUUAUACAUUCGUGUUGUUUAUUAUUAAUAUGUCAUAUAAGUAUUUAAAGUUAGUUAUUUUAACACUUUUAUCGCAUCACUGAGCGGUGAAGUACAGUAGCCACGUCGUCACACGCCUCACUGCAUGGUGCACAAAACACGAAAACCCCCAUCACAAAACAGUUCCAUUUCAAAGCUCUACUUUCUUCAGCAGCCUACCAGACCGCACACAGAAGACACACCGACAUGCCGUCUUUGCGCACUCUUGUGCUUGUGUGUCACUUUGGGACAAACUCCCUCCCUCCCGCCUUCUGCCAGACACAGAGCACAACACACUAAGGGCUUGAUUAUCUCUAUCCCUGCUGGCCUUGAUUAUCUCUAUCCCAGCUAACCUUGAUUAUCUCUAUCCCUGCUGGUCUUGAUUAUCUCUAUCCCAGCUAACCUUAAUUAUCUCUAACCCUGCAGGUCUUGAUUAUCUCUAACCCUGCAGGUCUUGAUUAUCUCUAACUCUGCAGGUCUUGAUUAUCUCUAUCCCUGCUGGUCUUGAUUAUCUCUAUCCCUGCUGGUCUUGAUUAUCUCUAUCCCUGCUGGUCUAUAUUAUCUCUAUCCCUGCUGGUCUUAAUUAUCUCUAUCCCUGCUGGUCUAUAUUAUCUCUAUCCCUGCUGGUCUAUAUUAUCUCUAUCCCUGCUGGUCUUGAUUAUCUCUAUCCCUGCUGGUCUUAAUUAUCCCUAUCCCAGUGCUGUUCUUGAUUAUCUCUAUCCCAGUGCUGUUCUUGAUUAUCUCUAUCCCAGUGCUGUUCUUGAUUAUCUCUAUCCCAGUGCUGUUCUUGAUUAUCUCUAUCCCAGUGCUGUUCUUGAUUAUCUCUGUCCCAGUGCUGGUCUUGAUUACCUCUAUCCCAGUGCUGGUCUUGAUUACCUCUAUCCCAGUGCUGUUCUUGAUUAUCUCUAUACCAGUGCUGUUCUACCUUCCUUUUCAAAGCGUUAACCGAGACAGUAGAGAGUGGAAUUGUUUUAAGGCAAAGAUCACUUAGAGGUUGCAUUCCAAGUGACGCCCUAUACCUUAUAGACUCCACUACUGGUGACAGUCAAGGCCCAGAGGACUCUGAAUGAGCGCACCGUAAAACUUUAGUAUAAGGGUAGGUAAUAAACCAUUUAUAAACCAUUAAUAAACUAUUUAUAAACCAUUAAUAAACCGUUUUCUCUCCAUGUAUUAAUCAUGACUCCCACAUGUGUAAAUGUCAAAUCAAAUCAAAUUGUAUUUGUCACAUACACAUGGUUAGCAGAUGUUAAUGCGAGUGUAGCAAAAUGCUUGUGCUUCUAGUUCCGACAAUGCAGUAAUAACCAACAAGUAAUCUAGCUAACAAUUUCACACAACUACCUUAUACACACACAAUUGUAAAGGAAUGAAUAAGAAUAUGUACAUAAAAAUAUAUGAAUGAAUGUCAGGAAGCAUAGUUAUUCAGACAUGUGUAUAUAUAGUUCCUUAAUCAUCCUGUGCUGUCCGUUGGUUCAGGUACUGCUGCAAUGUCUAGCAACAAAUCAAAUCAAAUCACAUUUUAUUUCUCACAUACACAUGGUUAGCAGAUGUUAGUGCGAGUGUAGCGAAAUGCUUGUGCUUCUAGUUCCGACAAAGCAGUGAUAACCAACAAGUAAUCUAGCUAACAAUUCCAAAACUACUACCUUAUAGACACAAGUGUAAGGGGAUAAAGAAUAUGUACAUAAAGAUAUAUGAAUGAGUGAUGGUACAGAGCAGCAUAGGCAAGAUACAGUAGAUGGUAUCGAGUACAGUAUAUACAUAUGAGAUGAGCAUGUAAACAAAGUGGCAUAGUUAAAGUGGCUAGUGAUACAUGUAUUACAUAAGGAUGCAGUAGAUGAUAUAGAGUACAGUAUAUACGUAUGCAUAUGAGAUGAAUAAUGUAGGGAACAUUAUAUUAGGUAGCUUUGUUUAAAGUGGCUAGUGACAAAUUACACCGCUCACUCCAUGUUAUAUAGUAUUUAUUACCUAAAUGGCUUUCACUUUAUAUUAGGGGCUGCAAAAAGACCUGACUGAUGAUUAGUAAAUGGUUUAUAAAUGUUGGAAUAACACACACUUUAUAAACGCCUUAUAAAUGAUUUAUUACAGUCCCUUAAAAUAAAGCGUUACCGAGUGCACACUUCAGGAGAAAGGAGAUAUUAUUUGAAAUGCACGCCUAGUUUCCCACAAUGUGUACUGCACUGCACCUCUACUAUGGGCUUCCAGGGUCACUGCCCCCUGGUGGUUGGAUGGGCUUCCAGGGUCACUGCCCCCUGGUGGUUGGAUGGGCUUCCAGGGUCACUGCCCCCUGGUGGUUGGAUGGGCUUCCAGGGUCACUGCCCCCUGGUGGUUGGAUGUGAUUCCAGGGUCACCGCCCCCUGGUGGUUGGAAUGGCUUCCAGGGUCACUGCCCCCUGGUGGUUGGAUGGGAUUCCAGGGUCACCGCCCCCUGGUGGUUGGGUGGGGAAUAUUUGCUUCUCCACUAAUGCAAAAUUAUGGUAACGUUCCCAAAAUGUCCAGGUUUUCUAGAAAUCCUGAUUUUUUUUCAAGAUUCCCAGAUUUCCUGCUUAUUCCAGGAAUUCUUCUAAUUUGGAUUUCUGGAAAAACCUGGAGAAUUUGGUAAAGUUACCCGACACCGUCCUACCUGCCCUUUUCUGUUCCAACUGUCUCAAACUAAUAACUUGAGUUGGAUCAAGAUUAAAAAUAAACAACUCUUUCUUCCUCCCUUGUUUCUGUUGCAUGACAACCUCUAGUUGAGGAUGGAUUGUUCUGUUUUGAACCGAAAUCGAUAACAAAUAUACCUUCUGUGUU